AUGAUUUUAUCAUCUGAGAGCCAUGGCGAUCAGUAUGCCGUCAAAGCGCUGCCGGUUAAGAAGAGUGGCACUCAGCAUGUCGACGAUGCUAUGCCUCUCGAGAAGAACGCUGGGCUUAUCAUGGCCACCAACAAUGCUACCACAGCUCUGAAAGCGAGCACCGAGCGUCUCUACUUGUCACGGCCGCACUUCUACAAGUCAUUCGUGAAGGAAGUCAAACGCGCCACGCCAGCGAUCCAUCGAGGGAACUGGCUCCGAAUGCGGGCUGUGAGCUGGGUGGUCCGCAAUUUCCUCGAGCGUGCAGCCGGUGAAAGGAAGGUGAUUAUCAAUUUUGGUUGCGGGUACGACCCUCUGCCUUUCCGGUGGCUCGCUCAGAAGGGCAGUCUCUGCUCCGAUACCAAGUUCAUCGACGUCGACUACGAGCUCUUGAUCGAGACGAAGCGGAACAUCAUCAUGCACCGGCCUGAGAUGAGGGACCUGCUUCAUUCGACAACGUCUGACAUUACGGGCAUCGACCCUUCCGUUGCGCUUGAUAGUGAAGAAUAUGCCGCUAUAGGCUGUGAUCUACGCAAUAUCAGAAGACUGGAAAGACUCAUGAAGUCGGUGGUGGUUCUUGAGCAAGCGUCGGUCUUGUGCAUCGCCGAGGACUCGACCACCUUUAUGCCUGUGAAGGCAGCCGACGCACUGAUAUGGUGGAGUGCAGGACUGUCGUCUGAUGUCACGUUCUGUCUUGUGGAGCCUAGCAGUCCUGAUCAACCUGAUAACCCUUUUACCAGGAAGAUGACGGAUCACUACAGGGGCCUCGGUACGCCCCUGAAUUCGAUCUUCGAAUACCCAUAUGACCGUGCCCAGAUUCAGCGUUUCAGCAAUGCCGGAUAUGCUCACAUAGAUCACCAGUCUCUGUGGGAGCUGUGGGCUGACCCACGCUUCCUUUCGCCCUCGCAACGCAUGAAGUUAGACCACGUGGAGCCAUUCGAUGAUUGGGAAGAGUUUGCGCUUUGGGCUAGUCACUACUGCCUUGUAGUAGCACAUAACGGCAGUCGGCCAGUCCUCCCCAGCAAAGUCCACAUGGCCAGACGCGACUCGAUUUCCAGCGACGCUUCUGACAUCUCUGCACGGACGUCAUCACCGUGCAAUCCAGAAUCGGAACACUUUGCCUUUCGACAUUAUGGUGACCCAGGUGAUCUUUGCCAGCGCCACCAUGGCUCAGCUUAUCCUGUACCGGACCAGGACGCUAUAGCUAUCUUUGGAGGUAAGGGAUCAAACUCAUAUCUAUCUACUAGUGCGGUCUGCCGACCCCGACACCUGAACGACGAGACACCCGUGGUGCUUUCGCCAGAGGUGGGUGCACGGUCUUGUCAUGUGAUGAUCUCUUUGAACAACGGUGAUAAUAUGCUGGUGGGUGGCCGGCGUUCGCCGAGCCAGCCUCUGAAAGACUGUUGGUUGCAGAAGGGAAAUACUUGGUAUCGCAUACACGAUCUGCCAGAGGGACGCUAUCGCCACCGGCUUGUCCCGGUGACCUUGCCCGGGAACGUUUUCGGUGCUAUCUGCUUUGGCGGCAAGGUGAGCCCAACGAAGGUUGCCAUUGACGUGCUGUUAUGGGAGCCUCUCAAUGGCUGGCGAGGGCUACGAAUCUUUGGCUCGGAACCCAAGCCUCGAUUUGGGCCGAACUUUGUCUGUCUGGGAUUCAAUCACGGCUUGUUAUUUGGCGGCAUGAGGCAGGACGGCGUGAUCUGCCAAGGCUUCUGGCGGUGGCGCCUUGUCAUUCGCGACAACGAGGUACUGGCUCUCAGGUUCCGGCCCUCUCAUGCGUUGGACACGAGCAUCGGCUCAUAUCAGUACUUCGCACGCUUCGGUGCCUCAUAUGGCUUCGUACAGGACUACCUCUUGAUUAUCGGUGGAAUAGCUAGAGGUGGCUGCAUCCCCAGAACGUACGAGAUCCUGAGCCUCACCGGCACUUUCUCCACCUGGCAUGAUGAGGAACGCAAAGAACCCAGUUUCAGAGUGAGUACGAUCGAGGCAACACGGUCGCCGGACUGCCCACGGCCGUUCCUCAUUGGCCAUUCCACCCGGCCCACGCAGACCGGUGCGUAUGUCAUUUUGGGCGGCGGCGCGACUUGCUUCAACUUCGGAGACUAUUUCAAUCGAGGCAUCUGGGUGCUCUACGAGAAAGAGACAGGUCUUCCGGCCGAAUGGAUCAUUGUCCCCAGCCAAGCAUCGAAGCUGCCGCCAGUCCAUUCAGAAUGGGACUACACAGGCGUGAGGCGGAAGGAAGGCAUUCGAGUUGAUCCAAUCUUGCUGACCGGGUCACAAGAGUUCAACAUGGCAGUUCGUCUAUCGCAGCCUCUUCUUAUGCGAGGCCUUGACUGCGGGCCUGCCACGCAGCUGUGGUCCACGCCUUCCCUUGAGAAUGUGCUCUCGGACGACUUCUAUCUGGAGCAAGACAUCACGCCCGGCACAUCCGCCAGCCCCGGAAACCAAAUGUGGAAACAGAUUCUCGAUAUGGCAGACACAUCCUCGGCCAUACUGAACCUUCCGCCACCAAAUGUCAAGAUUAGACAGUGUGCUCUAUCGUGCGACAAGAAUGAGAAGGAGCAGCUUGCCACCCUGUUUCGGCUCCCCACCGAGUUGAACAGCAUAGAACAUCUCAUCACAUCCGUGCAGCUACAGGUUUCCAGAAGAACAUGCCACCAGCUUCGGUACAGUGCCACGGGAACCAUUAUUUUCCAUCAACUAGGCACGCGGAAGGUGCUCUUGUCGCCUCCAUUCAACCAGCACAAGCUCGGAUAUGCUCCGGGCUCAAAUAUCAGCGACCUCAAUAUUCUUUGUGAUCCGACGCUGUUGCAGGAACACUCCUUCUACACUAUACCCGGCACGAGCACCCACGUUGCUAUGAUGCAACCAGGAGACGCAUUGUAUAUCCCACCUUUCUGGUCUCGUGCCAGUGUGGUCCUACGGAGUCCCAGCCGCAACAUUGCUCCACAACAAACCCAACUAAACGUUGAUGGGUCUUCCCCGUUAGCUACUGUGCCACUUCCAACACGCAUCGGUAACAGACACGCAGUCACUGGGAAUGAGACCCCACCCAGCUCUACUGGGAAAAGCGAUCACCAACUCAAUCCGCUCGACAUCACAUUUAAAGUGUCCUUUAGGAUGCUGCCUCACUCUGCCCUCUCUACAACCCGGGACGAAAACUGGUCAGCUGAGCUUAAAGCGUACGAGGAUAGCAGACGAGACCUGGAAGCCGUCAUGAAGAGGUUCACAUCUUGUCUUGGCAAAUCAAAUGGAGAGCCUGCAACGUUUGGACGCCAACCAUGCGCUGAUAUGUUACUCGAGCACAUUCCCAGAGAUGUUGCAAAGGUUUAUCUGCAGCGAUUGGGGAAGGAGCUACUGAUGAAGGCCGAAGAGCUGUGA